AUGAACUCAUAUUUCCGGUGGUACCGCAUGGAUGAUGAUUUAUGCGUGGAGUAUGCGGAGAUGAGACUUGGCGGGAAGGCCAAGAUCUUUGGGGAGAAUGAGAGUUAUGCGGCAUACCGACGAGGGCAGCUCAUCACAUGA